GGAUGAUUUCCUCUCGACUCUCGUCUCCACCUCGUCCCCGUCCAGUCUUCACUUGCGUCCCAGGUCGCGACACGCCGCUGCAGGCUGUACCCGCCUGCCUGCGCACUUGCCCCACCCCCGCACACCGUCUCCGGCGACGGCGAGCGCUCCCGACGCUCCUCGACCGAUCCGUCCCUCUCGCGGCCCUUCUCUCGGCCUCCGCCACCACCCGAGGGGAGGGGGAGGAUGUGGUCUUCGAGCCAGGCGAGCACGAGGGGCGUGGUGGAGAUGGGGAGAGUGGAGGCCGGGCCGUCGCAUUUCCCCAAGAGGCCCGCGCCCCGGAAUUCCGCCAGGGUCAAUCUAUCAAGGACAGUUAAACCUUGCUCAGCUGGCGACCGCCCAGGAAUUUCUGUUAACUGCAACUUGGGGUGGUCUUCUCAAACAUCGCCUGACUUGAGUCAGCACUUUAGAGGAUAUUCAUCAGCAUCAGAGGCAGUUCUUACUGCCCAAUCAGAUUUGAGAAAACUUUUGGUUGGCAAUGAGAAAAUCGGUGUUCUCUUGCUGAAUCUUGGGGGCCCAGAGACUCUUGAUGAUGUGCAGCCUUUCUUGUUUAAUCUUUUUGCAGAUCCGGACAUUAUCCGUCUUCCUAGGCUCUUUCGCUUUCUGCAGAAGCCACUUGCAAAAUUCAUAUCGGUAGUGAGAGCACCAAAGAGUAAGGAAGGUUAUGCAUCCAUAGGUGGCGGUUCUCCUCUCCGACAAAUUACUGACGCACAGGCUGAAGCACUAAGGGAGGCAUUAUGUGGAAAAGAUGUUCCUGCCAAGGUGUAUGUUGGAAUGCGGUAUUGGCAUCCCUUCACUGAAGAAGCCAUAGAACAAAUAAAACGGGAUGGUAUCACGAAACUUGUUGUGUUGCCUCUAUACCCUCAGUUCUCCAUAUCAACUAGUGGUUCAAGUCUCCGUUUAUUGGAGAGCAUAUUCAGAGAGGAUGAAUAUCUCGUGAAUAUGCAACAUACAGUUAUACCUUCCUGGUAUCAACGUGAAGGAUAUAUCAAGUCUAUGGCAACUUUGAUUGAGAACGAACUGACAAAAUUUCCAGUACCCCAAAAGGUUAUGAUAUUUUUCAGUGCUCACGGAGUUCCUCUGGCAUAUGUUGAAGAAGCUGGUGAUCCAUAUAAAGCAGAAAUGGAAGAGUGUGUCGAUCUUAUCAUGGAAGAACUGGAAAAAAGAGGAAUAACAAAUCCGUGCACACUUGCUUAUCAGAGUCGAGUUGGACCAGUGGAAUGGCUGAAACCGUACACUGAUGAGACAAUUAUUGAGCUUGGGCAGAAAGGGGUAAAGAGCCUGCUUGCUGUUCCCAUUAGUUUUGUCAGCGAACACAUUGAAACUUUGGAAGAAAUCGAUGUGGAGUACAAAGAGUUGGCUUUAGAAUCUGGCAUCAAGCACUGGGGACGAGUUCCAGCAUUAGGUUGCGAACCCACAUUCAUUUCGGAUCUUGCUGAUGCUGUUAUUGAAAGCCUACCUUAUGUUGGCGCAAUGGCAGUUUCCAAUCUUGAGGCUCGGCAGUCUCUCGUACCCCUCGGGAGCGUGGAGGAGCUGCUAGCAGCAUACGACUCGAAGCGCGAUGAGCUCCCCCCUCCGGUGAUCGUGUGGGAGUGGGGCUGGACGAAGAGCGCAGAGACCUGGAAUGGCCGCGCAGCGAUGCUGGCCGUGCUGGCUCUCCUGGUGCUGGAAGUGACCACCGGCGAAGGGUUCCUGCAUCAAUGGGGAAUCCUGCCCCGGCUCCACUGAGCUGACAAUCUGUUCAUGAUCGGGUCAUGAUUUGCUGCAUCCGAAGGACGAUGUGAACUUUUGAUGCUGUAUAUGAAUCGAUUUGCCUUCAAUCGCCGGGGAGAAAAGGAGAAAAUGGUAAAAUGUAGACAGAACUCGACGGUAUAUAUCAUGAUAUACUGUACCUACCUAUGGGACAUGAAAUAGGGCUCUCAGACAUGCGCUAUGGAAAUUGGAAUACACACAGACCUAACACGCCCUACGCUACGGACUCCUGCCUGGUAUGCCUGCUGCUACUAGUAGUACCCAGAUCCUCUGUUGUCUGUUCAAAGUGAAUGUGCGUUGCUUUCAUAGAAUAAUCGUAUGAGCGGAUGGGCCUC